AUGAACAACCAACUCGUGGUCAUUUCUGGUGGUACUGCUUCCAACUCCCUAGUCAACCUGUUCCAAUCCCUUUCCCCAAACAUCACCUACAUCUUGCCAAUAUCUGAUAAUGGUGGUUCAACUUCAGAGAUCCUUAGAGUCCUAGGAGGUCCAGCUAUUGGUGACUUACGUUCCAGAAUAACAAGGUUGAUUCCUGAUGAGGGUUUCAAAAACUUGCUAAGUUAUAGAUUAUCUGAAGAUGGUGAUGAGGCAAAAUUAGAAUGGACUUCAAUCGUGGAAGGUCAACAUGAAAUUUGGAAUGGGUUAGAAAUUCAAUGUAAAGAAAUGGUUAGAUCUUUUUUAAUCCAUGUUCAUAUGGAAUUAUUGAAAAAAUCAAGAAAUCCAUCAACAAAUUUUAAAUAUGAAAUGGCUAGUAUUGGGAAUUUAUUACUCACUGGGAUUAGAUUAUUUGUUGGUUCACUAGAUAGUGCAAUUGAAUUAAUAUUAAGAAUGACAAGAAUUUCACCAAAUAUUAAAAUAUUGCCAUGCUUAAACACAAAUUAUACUUAUCACAUCUCUGCUAAAUUGCAUAAUGGAGAUAUAAUCACUGGUCAAUCUCAAAUAUCUCAUCCAAAUGAACCAAUCUCCACAAUAUUAAGUUCCUCCACUUCAAUCCAUAAAAUUUAUGAUCCAGUUAUAAUUCAUGAAGAUAUACCUUAUCAACAUCCAGAUUUGAAUAUAUCUCAAUUACAUUUCUCCAAAAAUGAAAACCAACCAUUGAAAUCUCCAAUUGACAAGAUUUUUUAUAUAAAUCCAUAUGGUGAAGAAAUCCAUCCACAGGCAAAUUCAAGAACUAUUCAUAGUAUUCAUGACUCCCAAACAUUAAUCUAUUCAGUCGGUUCAUUAAUGACAAGUACAAUCCCUGUUAUAAUCCUAAAGGGAAUAGGAAUGGCAAUAAAGAAAAGCUCUGCAAAUAAGAUCUUGUUAUUGAAUGGAGAUUAUGAUCGUGAAACAUUUCGUUUAAGUGCCCUGAAUUUCAUUGAAACUUUAUGUGGGGCUGUUAAAUAUAGUAUUGAUGAUGAUAGAGUCUUAUUGACUUAUGAUGAAGUUGUUACUCAUUUAAUCUAUAUGGAGGAUUCAGAAAUUCCUGUUGAUGUGGAGAAAAUUUCAUAUCUAGGGAUUAAAUGUAUUUCAGUACCAAAGGAUAAAAAAUUGAAUGAAAAUAUAAAUGUGUAUGAUUUAUCGAGUUUACAAAAUUCAUUGAAAACAUUAAUACAUUAA